GACAGCAGCGACGACGGCGACGACGACGACGACGACGACGACGACGACGACGAAGACGACGACAGUAGCAAUAGCGGCGGCAUUAGCAUCACUCGAGCUUUCGUUAAUAAAGUCGAGGUUAAGGACGGCGGCGUCGGCGGCGUCGGCGGUGGCUGCGGCGGCUGCAGCUGCGGCGACGGCGACGGUGACGAGGACGACGAGACGCGGCUAAGGACGGGCAAGAUAGCGAGACUAUUCGCGAGCUGCCGUGGGCUACGCGCGCCCCCGAUCUCCGCUUGCUGUUGUCCCGUUCGGCUGCUUGGUCAGCUCCCCUUUUAUGCGGCACACAGCAGUGCCACCAGUGGCCAGCAACGACGUCGACGACGUAGAGCGCGGCAAUUGCCCGGAUCGCUUCUCCUCGGCCGCCUUCCCGUCACGAUGAGCUUCCUCUUUGGAAGCCGUUCUUCAAAGACUUUUAAGCCAAAGAAGAAUAUUCCAGAAGGAACUCAUCAGUAUGACUUAAUGAAACAUGCAGCUGCUACUCUGGGAUCAGGAAACCUUCGUCUGGCUGUUAUGCUUCCGGAAGGAGAAGACUUAAACGAAUGGGUUGCUGUUAAUACUGUAGAUUUCUUCAAUCAAAUAAAUAUGUUGUACGGAACUAUCACAGAAUUUUGCACCGAAGAUAGCUGUCCAAUUAUGUCAGCUGGACCAAAAUAUGAAUAUCAUUGGGCUGACGGACACACGGUAAAGAAACCCAUUAAGUGUUCAGCGCCUAAGUACAUUGAUUAUUUGAUGACAUGGGUGCAAGAUCAGCUGGAUGACGAGACACUUUUUCCUUCAAAAAUUGGUGUACCUUUUCCAAAAAACUUUCUUUCAAUUGCAAAGACAAUAUUGAAACGACUGUUUCGAGUUUAUGCACACAUCUAUCAUCAACAUUUUAGCGAAGUUGUUCAGCUUGGCGAAGAAGCACAUUUAAAUACUUCUUUCAAACACUUUAUAUUCUUUGUUCAGGAAUUUAAUCUGAUUGAACGACGGGAGCUGGCUCCCUUGCAGGAGCUCAUAGAGAAGCUAACGGCGAAAGAGGCGCGAUGAACGUCCCUGGACAUUAGCUGAAAUAAUAGAAAAAGAAAAGAAGAAGAAGAAGAAGAAGAACUUACAGAAGAUGAAUUAAGAAAAAGCGAAGCACUGUGAAACCCUUCCAAAGAAUCUCUCAUCCGCGCGCGCUCCGCCUAUCACCGUUAAGUAAUUAUACCGUUGUAACUACACGCAUAUUAUUUAAAAAAAAAAAA